GCUUGAAGCAGCUGAAGCGGCGGCGGCGGCGGCGGCAGCGGCUCGGGCAGAGGGGCGGGAGCAGAGGCUGGAGCGGACGGGCUCGGGAGAGGCGGCGGAAUGGUGGACUACCACGCGGCGAACCAGUCGUACCAGUACGGCCCCAGCAGUGGGAGCAAUGGCGCUGGCGGCGGGGGAAGCAUGGGAGACUACAUGGCCCAGGAGGACGACUGGGACCGGGACCUGCUGUUGGACCCGGCCUGGGAGAAGCAGCAGCGCAAGACCUUCACAGCCUGGUGCAACUCCCACCUGCGGAAGGCGGGCACGCAGAUCGAGAACAUCGAUGAGGACUUCCGAGACGGGCUUAAGCUCAUGCUCCUCCUGGAGGUCAUUUCAGGAGAGCGGUUACCUAAGCCGGAGCGGGGCAAGAUGAGAGUGCACAAAAUCAACAACGUGAACAAGGCCCUGGACUUCAUCGCCAGCAAAGGCGUCAAGCUGGUCUCCAUCGGGGCGGAAGAGAUUGUGGACGGCAACGCGAAGAUGACCCUGGGAAUGAUCUGGACCAUCAUCCUCAGGUUCGCCAUCCAGGACAUCUCUGUGGAAGAGACCUCUGCCAAGGAGGGGCUCCUCCUCUGGUGCCAGAGAAAGACAGCUCCGUACAAGAACGUCAACGUGCAGAACUUCCACAUCAGCUGGAAGGACGGUCUUGCCUUCAACGCCCUGAUCCACCGGCACAGACCAGAACUGAUCGAGUACGACAAGCUGAGAAAGGAUGAUCCGGUCACCAACCUGAACAAUGCCUUCGAAGUGGCUGAGAAAUACCUUGACAUUCCCAAGAUGCUAGAUGCAGAGGACAUCGUGAACACGGCCCGGCCCGACGAGAAGGCCAUAAUGACCUAUGUGUCCAGCUUCUACCAUGCCUUUUCGGGAGCGCAGAAGGCUGAGACCGCUGCCAACCGGAUCUGCAAGGUGCUGGCCGUCAACCAGGAGAAUGAGCACCUGAUGGAAGAUUAUGAGAGGCUGGCCAGCGACCUCCUGGAGUGGAUCCGGCGCACCAUCCCCUGGCUGGAGGACCGCGUGCCCCAGAAGACCAUCCAGGAAAUGCAGCAGAAGCUGGAGGACUUCCGCGACUACCGGCGGGUCCACAAGCCGCCCAAGGUGCAGGAGAAGUGCCAGCUAGAGAUCAACUUCAACACGCUGCAGACCAAGCUGCGCCUCAGCAACCGGCCCGCCUUCAUGCCCUCCGAGGGCAAGAUGGUGUCGGACAUCAACAACGGCUGGCAGCACCUGGAGCAGGCCGAGAAGGGCUACGAGGAGUGGCUGCUGAACGAGAUCCGCCGGCUGGAGCGGCUCGACCACCUGGCAGAGAAGUUCCGGCAGAAGGCCUCCAUCCACGAGGCCUGGACUGAUGGGAAGGAGGCCAUGCUGAAGCACCGGGACUAUGAGACGGCCACCCUGUCGGACAUCAAGGCCCUCAUCCGCAAGCACGAAGCCUUUGAGAGCGACCUGGCUGCCCACCAGGACCGCGUGGAGCAGAUUGCCGCCAUCGCCCAGGAGCUCAACGAGCUGGAUUACUACGACUCCCACAAUGUCAACACGCGCUGCCAGAAGAUCUGUGACCAGUGGGACGCCCUUGGCUCUCUGACCCACAGUCGCAGGGAAGCCCUGGAGAAAACGGAGAAGCAGCUGGAGACCAUUGACCAGCUGCACCUGGAGUACGCCAAGCGGGCGGCGCCCUUCAACAACUGGAUGGAGAGCGCCAUGGAGGACCUCCAGGAUAUGUUCAUCGUCCACACCAUUGAGGAAAUCGAGGGUCUGAUCUCAGCCCAUGACCAGUUCAAGUCGACGCUGCCGGACGCUGACAGGGAGCGGGAGGCCAUCCUGGCCAUCCACAAGGAAGCCCAGCGGAUCGCCGAGAGCAACCACAUCAAGCUCUCAGGCAGCAACCCCUACACCACCGUCACUCCCCAGAUCAUCAACUCCAAGUGGGAGAAGGUGCAGCAGCUGGUGCCCAAGCGGGACCACGCCCUCCUGGAGGAGCAGAGCAAACAGCAGUCCAAUGAGCACCUCCGCCGCCAGUUUGCCAGCCAGGCCAACAUUGUGGGGCCCUGGAUCCAGACGAAGAUGGAGGAGAUCGGGCGCAUCUCCAUUGAGAUGAACGGGACGCUGGAGGACCAGCUGAGCCACCUGAAGCAGUAUGAGCGCAGCAUCGUGGACUACAAGCCCAACCUGGACCUGCUUGAGCAGCAGCACCAGCUCAUCCAGGAGGCCCUCAUCUUCGACAACAAGCACACCAACUAUACCAUGGAGCACAUCCGGGUGGGCUGGGAGCAGCUGCUCACCACCAUCGCCCGCACCAUCAACGAGGUUGAGAACCAGAUCCUCACCCGCGACGCCAAGGGCAUCAGCCAGGAGCAGAUGCAGGAGUUCCGGGCGUCCUUCAACCACUUCGACAAGGACCAUGGCGGGGCGCUGGGGCCGGAAGAGUUCAAGGCCUGCCUCAUCAGCCUGGGCUACGACGUGGAGAACGACCGGCAGAAGCAGACAGGCAGCAUGGACUCCGAUGACUUCAGGGCUCUGCUUAUCUCCACAGGAUACAGCCUGGGCGAUGCCGAGUUCAACCGCAUCAUGAGCGUGGUGGACCCCAACCACAGCGGCCUCGUGACCUUCCAAGCCUUCAUCGACUUCAUGUCGAGGGAGACCACCGACACAGACACGGCUGACCAGGUCAUCGCCUCCUUCAAGGUCCUGGCUGGGGACAAGAACUUCAUCACAGCCGAGGAGCUGCGGAGAGAGCUGCCGCCCGACCAGGCCGAGUACUGCAUCGCCCGCAUGGCGCCCUACCAGGGCCCCGACGCCGUGCCCGGCGCCCUCGACUAUAAAUCCUUCUCCACAGCCCUGUACGGAGAGAGCGACCUGUGAGGCCCCGCUCAGAGCGCCCCCGACCAAACGCCCCUCUCCUCACAGCCUCCCGGAGGGGCUGGGGGAGCCCCUCCAUCCCACCUCCCCACCGCGAGGGCCCCGGCCCGCUCCUCUGACUCUGUAUCUAUGCAAAGCACUCUCUGUCAGUCUUGCUGGGGGGGCGGGGGGGCAGGGAGGGGCUGGGGCAGGCUCUCUCCUCUCUCUCUGUGGUCGGCCGCAAGGCUCUCCCUCCCCCUGGAUGGGGGCCGGGAGGCUUACCGGGGUCAGCGCUUCUGGUCUGGUAAAUAUAUAUGAUGUGUUGUUUCGUUUUGGGUUUUUUUUUUUUUCUAACUUUGUGGAGGGAACAGUGGAUCCUCACAGCAAAACAGGCCCCCUCCAAGCCCUAGAAACGGCACCCCCACCCCUUCUCCCCCGAGGUCCCUUCAAGGCCUCCUACAUCCAGGCCAAAGCCCGACGUGCCUUGUUCAGGAACCGCCGAGCCUGCAAUGGGCCCCACAGAGGGUGCCCGGGCCGCCCGGCAGGAAAGAGGACCUGCCUGCUCCAUCUCCCCUCCCCUCCAGCUUGGCGUUGCCAGGACGUGAGGGGCUUCAGCUCAGUCCCCCCCUUCUUCUGCGAUAGGAGUGGGGCCAGGCAGACGAGCCUCCGGCCCUCAUCCCCAGACACUCCCCUCUUUGCUUUGUCUGGACCUAUGUAUCUCUUCAGAUUUUCUAAGGACCACCCUCCUUCCCCACACCGCGCCCCCCACCUCUCGACACACACACACACAAAUUCACAAAAAAAAGCUAUAAAAAAAAAUCAACCUUUCAGAGAAUUACUAUUUACUUUAUUAACUUACGGAUUUAUUAUAUAAAUAUAUAUUCACCUAGCAACAUAUCUUCGCCGCCUCUUGCUCUCAUAAUGAAGAUAUAGCUGAUUGGCUCCCCUCCCCCAGCCCCUCACCGAUUCUCUCUGAUGUCUGCCGUCGGGCAUGGGUCUCUGGGGACCCUCCUGAGGUGGAGGGUGGGCUGCUGGCCUAGUUGCCUGUUAGUGGAUGGUUUUGCUCUCCCUUCCCUAACCACCUCGCCCCCCCCCCCGCCUUAUUUUUUUGAGUUUAUUCUUGAUUAUUUUUUUCCCGGUUUCUGGAUAAACCUCCCUUCUGGGGACAGGAUAAUAAAACAUGUAAUAUUUUUAAGGAU